CCAGUCGCCCCUUUGACGUUUCCAUUUCCGCCACUCCACACCCACAGUCCACACCGAAAACAGAUCCAAAUCCCCAGCUCCAUCCCCGUCGCCCAAAAUCCAACCCGAUCCCAUCCGAUCCGAUCCAUCGCCAUGGCACCGUCGUUCUGGGGCCCCGACUUCCCCCCGCAGCCGGCCGGGGUGUUCGACGACCUCGCGCCCGUGGAGGCCGAGGCGGAGGAGGAGGAGGAGGCGGAGGACGCGUACGAGGGCGAGAUGGAGGAGGAGGAGGCGGAGGACGCGUACGAGGACGAGAUGGAGGAGGAGGAGGAGGAGGAGGAGGAGGAGGGGGACGAGCAGCAUGAGCACGGCGGCGACUGGGAGGCCGUCCCGAUGGACACCGAGGACUCGGCGGAGCAGCGCGCCUACUGCGGCGGCGGCUGCGGCCAGGAUUUCUGCGGCUGCAACCUGCUCACCCUGUGCUUCCCGGGCGCGGUGCACAUUUUCAUGUCCGUCUCCCCUGACAAGGUGUCGCAGGUGGAAGCUGCGCUCUCGCUGCAGGGGAGAUUGGAUCCGGCGGACUCCACGGCUGCACCGCCCGCCUCGCGCAACACGCUCACCAUGACCUUCCGGGGCCAGGAGUGCAAGUUCGACUCCGUAACCCCUGAUGAGGUGCAAGAUGUACUUCUGUCGCUCGCGGGAAUGGAGCUGAUGGUCCCUAGCAUUGAGCUAAAAAUGCACUUCCCGGGUGGGAGCCACGACUUCGACUCUGUAUCCCCUGAUAAGUUGCAAGCUGUACUUUCGAUGCUGGAGGGAAUGAAGUUGACGGUCUCUACGGCUGUGCCAUGGGCCUUGCACAACCAGCUCACUGAACCCUUGAUGUGCUGGAUCUACGUGUUGGACCCUGUAUCCCUUGAUAAGGUGCAAGCUGUACUUUCGCUGCUCGGGGGAAACGAGCUCAACCCAGGCAUUGGUGGCGGAGCAUCACCAUCAAUUCCAUACAGACUAUAUUUACAGUCUAUAAACCGUGCUUGGUAAGAUUAUGUGCUGGCUGAUUCACAUCCGGCAGAGGUCGAAUUUACCCUGCUUCAGAGGUUGAAUUUCCCACACUGGUGGCACAGUUGAUGAGAUUUAGGGAGAAGCUGAAAGAGCAGAACUUUGUUAAGAAGAUCUGUUUUACUACUGUUUGGAAGAAACUUGGACUAAGGUUGGUAUGGUUGUUGACUGGGAAUUCCAAUAACUAUGUCUCAAAUGUUGUCUGGGAAAAAUGUCUGAAAUACUUUAAGUUUGUCGUGUUGGGAGUCACCAAAUUUGACAACAUGCAUUGAAAUAUGCUACAUUACUUAUGCAUAUUAUUUUGCCAUGAUUUUCUUGGGAACAUAUGCACAUCGUAGCUUUUUUCUUAACAAACUCUGUUCAGUAUGAAGAUUGAUUAACUGCCUCUGGUUGCUUGAUUAGUGUGUACCAUGUAAACAUCACCGUUAUGCUGCGAUUCUCGUCAGUUGUAAUACUAGUGUGGCACUUCUUUCUUUAGACAUGGUUUCCAUGAUCACGACAUAGAUCGUAGUAUCCUGUGAUACUACAUUCUUACCAGAGCCAAAUGAUUUCUAGUGUAUCAUAUAUAGCAAUUCAUAAUUGUCAGGUUGUGUUACCACAUCUGCACGACCAUAGGUUUGUUCUUAGAAAACUCUGUUCAGUACUCCAUUUCAAAAUGCAUAUUUGUCAAGUUUGACCGAGUUUGUAGAAAAGCAUCGACGUCAAAAAUAUGAAAAUAAAUUUCAUGAUGGAUGUGAUGAUAUUGAUUUGGUAUUGUGGAUGUUGAAUUUUUUUUCUUUAAAUUUGGUCAAACCUUACAACGUUUAACUUAGGAUAAACUAAUAUGCAAUGUAUUUUGAAAUGGAGGGAGUAUGAACAUUGAUAAGUUGCCUCUAGUCGCUUUAUUAGUCUCGUGUCAAGCAUUACCAGUAUGAUGUGAUUCUUGCCAGUUGUAAUAUUAGUGUGGCACUCCUUGAUUUAGACAUGGUUUCCAGGAUCAAUGUUUUCAAGGCGGUAAGGUGAGGCGAGGUUCUGGGGGGUGCAUCAGCUUUUAAGCGUUAAAGCGUAAGGCGAGGUGACGCAUUAGACACAUACAUAUAUAAUACUCCCUCCGUCCCAAAAUAAGUGACUCAAAAAUGACUCAACUUUACACUAACUUUAGUACAAAGUUGAGUCACUUUUGAGUCACUUAUUUCGAGACGGAGGGAGUAUACGGUAGCCAAAUAGGCGAUUUAACAACUAGCAUUAACAUAAAUAAAGUUUUACCAACGUCGGAUGUAGCUCUCUAAAUCGAACAUAUGGGCUGUCAAGCUAGAUCUUCCUCUCUAAAUCUGACCAGAACCCAUACGCCCAAGCUGGAUCUUCGGAUGUAGCUCUUCUCCUGGGAUCAUUGGAUAGAUUAUAAGCAUUAUCAGCCACAUGAUCCAUCAGAGCAGGGACACCUGGCUACUGCAGCAACACUGAGAUAAGGCCCAAUCAGCCGUCAAA